UUUAUCAGGAUUCCCUCUCCCCCACUGAGGAAACCUCAUGUGCCCCGCUGAGGGGAAGGACCACAUCCCCGGAACUCCGUGUUGAAGGAUGGCCGGCUCCUUCCCGCCCAGAGGCUGGCUCGUGUUACUGUGUGUGGGGUUUCUGGCAGUGGUCUCGUGUGUUGGCUCUGUGGAGGCUGAGAAACACGGAAGUAGACAGAGCCGAGAGAAGAAAUCUCAAUGGAAUGAAUUUCCCACAGACCAGGAGGAGAGCAGCCUACCUCUUUCGGCGUCCAACGAUCCGGAAACUGUCACCGAGAGGACACGCAGCAUUGACCCUCGGGAUGCCUGGUUGUUGUUUGUCAAACAGUCAAACAAGGGGGUGAACGGCAAGAAAAGGAGCAGAGGGAAAUCCAAAAAAUUCAAGCAUGGGCUUCCAGGGCCACCAGGCCCGCCUGGACCCCAGGGACCACCAGGACCCUUGAUCCCACCUGAGGAAUUGCUGAAGGAAUUCCGGCUCCUGUUGAAAGGGGCCGUGAAGCAGCGGGAGAGGAUGAAUUUUCCGGCCUGUGAGGACUGCCUGGAAGCGGAGGAGGAGGAGGAGGAGGGAGGCCAGGAACCGGCGGAGGAGGCUGAUAUAUUGGCGCUGGUCACGGGCCCCCUGGCCGAGGGCCGGCGGCCGCAGCACCACGUCGAGGCGGCCUUCCACUGCCGGGUCAGGAGGAACAUCUCCAUCGAGCGGAGGUCACUGCAGGAGCUCCAAGUCUACUAUAUUCCUGAGAAGGAGGGAUCAUUCCACCGUGGUCUGGGCCUGAACCUCACCAGUGGUCAAUAUACAGCCCCCGUCGCCGGCUUCUACACUUUUUCGGCCACCCUGCACAUUGUGCACGGGGAGCACCAGAGGAAGGGCCAGCCGCGGGCCCGGGACCGCCUGCGAGUGCUGAUCUGCAUCCAGUCACUUUGCCAGCGCCAUGUGUCUCUGGAGACAGUGACCGGCCUGGAAAGCAGCAGUGAGCUCUUCACCAUCUCCGUGAAUGGAAUCCUGUAUUUGCAGGCCGGACAGUACGCCUCCGUCUUCAUAGACAACGCCACGGGAUCAUCGCUCGUCGUCCGCAGCGGCUCCGACUUCAGCGCCGUUCACCUGGGGAUGUGAGCACCCCUCGUGCACGGCGGCGGGGGGGGGGAUUCUUCCCCCCCAUCCGAACUCUCCCUCCCCUCACCCAAAAAACCCGUGCAGCCCUCUUGGGCAGGUGCUGGGAGGGGUAGCCCGGUGGCUACCACCGGAGCCCCAUCUGAGGGCCAGCGGCCACGGCCUCCCGCCAAGAGUUGGGCCAGGCUGGCCCCGAAGAAGAGACACUGUGGCUGUAAAACGAUUUGAACCCUCCUUCUUGAAAAUGAUUUUACGGGGAAGAAACCUUACCUCGUUCUGGAAAUCCUACUCAUCCCUGGACCCAACCAGCCCUACAGUUCGGUGAAACUCACCUAUUUUCUCCCCCGCUGGACUCCGCUGGCUUCCAUGCGGGGAACCUGAGUUUGGGCCCGGGAGUCAGAGCAGGUUGCUAAAUUGACCUCAUUGCUCAGACCUGCUUUGCUUUAGCUUCCCCCCCUUCUCUGGCUGGUCUAUUGGCAUUUCCUCCUUCGCUGGGGCUUCAGUACAAAACCCGGGAGAGAUGUUUGGCAGCUAAAACCUCCUCCAUCCAGAGGCUGCUGCUAGGCUGAGAACUCCAAACUGGUCAUUUAACGUCCUAUCCUCGGCUUAACGUGCGUCGAAGCCCGCUGGACUCGAUUUCCAGCUCUUCUCACAUAGUCUUGUGGACUUUCAGGCAGGUGUCCCCCGCCCGGGAGCCCCAGGAUCAUAAAGAAUGGAAGAGGAGUC